AAGAAAAUUAUUUGCGAGGAAACAAAAAUUAAUUAUUACUUAAUUUGAAAAUCAAAAAACAAAAAAAAAGAUUAUAUACUUAAGAAAAUUUAUGAGUCUUUGAUAUUUGUUAUUCAUUGUAUUUAAUAAGAAAGCUUUUACGCCUAUGUGAUGACGAAAGUAUAUGGUCGUCGUAAGAAUAAUCAUAUCAUGAUAAAAUGAUAUACAUAACGACUGCAUAAGUUGAUGUUUAGUUUAGAUUAAAAAGUCAACAUUUAAACAAUCAUAAUGGCUACAUAUUUUGUUAUAAAAAGAAUUUCACGUUUAUCUUCCUUGAGAUGGCAAACAUCAAUGAAACACUAUAGUAACAUUGCUAAUGUUGUAACUGAGCCACAAUAUCCUGGAAUUAAAAAUAAUUUUACAAAUCACCUAAAAUUUAUUAACAUAGAUAAUUAUGAAUCUAUUCCUAUAUAUAGAAUCUUAGAUACAACUGGACAGUCACAUUUUCUUGAAGAAAAUAAGUUGGAUGAUAAAACAAUGAUUAAAAUUUAUCGUGAUAUGGUAACUCUUACUAUAAUGGAUAAAAUUAUGUACGAGUCACAACGACAAGGUCGUAUAUCUUUUUAUAUGACAAAUACUGGAGAGGAAGCUGUUCAAAUUGGUUCAGCUUCUGCGUUAACGUUACAAGAUUUGAUUUAUGCACAAUAUCGGGAAGCAGGUGUAUUACUUUGGCGUGGCUAUCAAAUCCCUAAAUUUAUGAAUCAAUGUUAUGGGAAUGUCGAAGAUGAAGGAAAAGGAAAACAAAUGCCAGUGCAUUAUGGAUCGAAAGAUUUAAAUUUUAUGACUAUAUCAUCUCCGUUAACAACACAAUUGCCACAAGCUGUAGGUGCAGCAUAUGCAUAUAAAAGGGAAAAAAGAAAAUCAUGUGUAAUAUGUUAUUUCGGAGAUGGUGCAGCCAGUGAAGGAGAUGCUCAUGCAGCUUUUAAUUUUGCUGCUACUUUAUCAUGCCCAGUAAUAUUUUUCUGUCGGAACAAUGGUUAUGCUAUAUCAACACCUACGAAUGAACAAUAUAAAGGAGAUGGUAUUGCAGCAAAAGGACCGAGUUAUGGAAUUGAUACAAUUCGAAUAGAUGGGAAUGAUGUACUUGCUGUACAUUAUGCGACAAAAGCUGCUCGUGAUUUGUGCAUAAAUGAAGGAAAACCUGUUUUAAUAGAAGCAAUGACUUAUCGUGCUGGCCAUCAUAGUACAUCCGAUGAUAGUACAGCAUAUAGAACCAAUGAAGAAAUUUCUCUUUGGAAUAAUACUACACCAAUUCAAAGAUUUAAACAAUAUAUACAAUCCUUAGGUCUUUGGAAUCAAGAAAAAGAAGAUGAUAUGCAAAAAAUGAUAAAGAAAGAAAUUUUAGAUGCUUUUUCUAAAGCAGAGAAAAAACCUAAACCUCAUUGGAAAGAAAUGUUCGCAGACACUUAUUGUAACAUGCCAGAACAUAUAAGAGACCAAAUGCAUUCCAUGGAAGAACAUCUUGCAAUAUAUCAAGAACAUUAUCCAUUGAAAAAAUUUGAUUUAUAAAUUAUUUUUUAAUUAGAUAGUAAAAUAAAUAUUAUUUUGUUAUUAAUUAUCAUUUUUUGCAAUAGUGUUGAUAAUAAAAAAUUGAUAACUGAUAAACUAUUAUGCAGUAAAAUAAUUGUUAUAUUCACACACGUUUGUUAACAAUGUCCCAUAUUAUCUGUAACACAUUAAUUUUCAUUGAAAUUCCAGUAUCAUACUUUUGUAAUGGUAAUCAACGUAAAAAAUAUGUUUUGGGCUGUGGUUGGAAUCUUUUCUUUGUGGUGCAGUAACAAACGUGUUAAGUAUAAAAACAUUCAAGUUUUUAUAUUAAAUACAACAAAUAAUUUCGUAUUCAUAAUUACUCUAUUUUAAUUUCUAUUUAUUAUAAUUAAUAUUAUAUAAGAGAUUAACUGUAGAGAAAACUAAUAUCAAUACAAUUGAAUUACCU